CUGCCGUGCGUAUAGAUCUACAGCGUUGGUCACUGGGAGAUCUCCCCCCCCCACGAGCUGAGAUCAGACCCGCCGGUGAGAAGUGGGAGACGGACGACUCCGGACUCAGAGCUCGUCAGUUUUAGAAGCCCCGACCGGCUGAUGCUGCUGAUGUUCUUGUGCCUCCUGAGGAGAGUUUCCCAGCGGCAGACACCCAGGCGUGAGGCAGGACGGUGUGACAGCUCAGUGACUGUGUGCUGUGUGCUGCAUGGUGGAAUGUGAGGAGGUGUGUGAGUGUGUGAUGGCUUGGAGAGGGCAGCGUGAGGAAAGAGUGUUCCCUGAGGUUUACCUAACCCCUGCAUUAGUGGCAAGACCACACUAACCACGUCCAGAUGUGUGAGAGUGCAAUCUGACUGAUUAUUUACAGCAAAGCCAAUGAACAUCGCCCUCCUUACACUAAAGCUCUUACUCUUUGCUCCUUCGCUGAUGCCUGUGUUAAUGGUUAAUCUAAGUAUGGGCCCUUAAUUGCUGAGGCCAAGCCCUGUUUAUGGGAGGGAGGUUACUUGGACACAUACUGUACAGUUUGAGCAUUGUGUGCCAGAGGCGCAGAAGCUCGGUUCAUCUCCUCAGCACAGAGUCCUGUCUCAGCACCUCCCGUCCAGCGCCGGGACUUCCAGGACUGACCACGGGGAGCGGCCGCCAUGGCGAAAGGCUUCUACAUCUCCAAGGCUCUUGCCAUCGUCACCGUCGUCCUGACGUUCUCGGCCAUCGCCGGCAUCAUCACCAUGAUCAUCGUGUACCAAACUCAAACCGCGGAUCUGAAUAUGACGCCCCGUCCUACCAUCCCAGUCACCACCCCCUUCCCCCCAGGACCACGACCCCAGAUGAGGCUGCCGGGGGACCUGGUGCCCGAUCACUAUGAGCUCACCAUCAGGCCUUACCUUUACCCCUACAUCGAAAAGCCAACGGAUGAGAACGCCACCAGCCCCGACCAGAACAUGACCUUCACCGGAAACUCCACCGUGUACUUCCACUGCGUCAGGAGGACCAAGACCGUGUUCCUCCACAACAGAGGCCUGACGAUUGGGACGGUCCGGUUGACCGACCGAGAUAAAAACCAGAGAGUGCCGCUCAAUGGCACGACUCAGCACCGGGAUGAGAGCAACUUCUUUGAGAUCAGUGUGGAUGAAGUGCUGGAGGUGGGAGGAAAUUACAGUCUGUUUACGGAGUUUGAGGGCGAGAUGAUGGACGACCUGGCCGGGCUGUACGUCAGCAGGUACCGGGACGCCGCAGCCGACGGGAACAGCACAGAGAGAUUUGUUGCUGCCACCCAAAUGCAGCCCACAGAUGCCAGGAAGGUGUUUCCGUGUUUUGAUGAGCCAGCAAUGAAGGCGACGUUUGAUGUUAAGAUCAUCCACAGGCGAGGCACUGAGGCCCUGGCGAACUCACAGGAGUCAGACAAAAGCAUCGUAGACGAGGACUGGCUGGUCAGCACCUUCCACACAACGCAGAAGAUGUCGACGUACCUGCUGGCGUUUGUGGUGUCGGAGUUCCAGUCCACGCCGUCCAAACACGAGCGCGUAAAGAUUCUAACCUAUGCUCGUCCUGAGGCCAUUGCCGCAGGACACGCUGACUACGCAGCUGAGAUCACUGGCAAGAUUCUCACGUUCCUCGAGGGCCAUUUGGAAAUUAAUUUCCCUCAGAAAAAGCUGGACCAAGUGGCACUGCCAGACUUUGCUGCUGCAGCCAUGGAGAACUGGGGGCUGGUCACCUACCAGGAGUCAGCCCUGCUCUUUGAGAACGGAGUGUCAUCAAUGCUGGCCAAAGAAUGGACGGCCACCAUCAUCGCACACGAGCUGGCCCAUCAGUGGUUUGGAAACCUGGUGACCAUGAAAUGGUGGAAUGAGAUUUGGCUCAACGAGGGCUUCGCCGCCUACAUGUCCACCCUGGCAGUGGAUAACAUCGAGCCUUCCUGGAAUAUAAAAGACAUGCUGAUGAUGGAGAACCUCCACUCAGCAUUCGAGUGGGACGCCCUGGCCUCCUCGCACCCCCUCAGCUCCCCAGCAGAUGCCAUCCAGACGCCCUCUGAGAUCAUCGAGCUGUUUGACCCCAUCACCUAUUCCAAGGGGGCCACAGUGCUGAGAAUGCUAGCAGAGAUCCUGAGUGAGCGGGUUUUCAACAACGGGAUCAAAAUGUAUCUCAAAGCAUUCCAGUAUGAAAACACUGAGCAGGCCGACCUCUGGAAGUAUCUACAGAAGGCAGUGGAUGAUGACAGUGGUAAAAUCAAUGUUGCCAACGUGAUGGACACGUGGACCAAUCAGAUCGGCUAUCCUGUCAUCACCAUCAACACCACCACCGGCGAGGCUUACCAGAGGCACUUCCAGUACAACCAGAGCACCGUGUCUGAUCUUGUUUGGCAUGUCCCCAUCAAAGUCAUGUCAGAGACAUCUGGACCGACUCUGUUCGUGCUGGACGAGAGUGACACAGUGAAGAAGGAGGAAUUUGUUUCAAAGGGUGGAGAGUGGAUCCUCGCCAACGUCAACGCUGCCGGAUACUACAGAGUCAACUACAACCCGGAGAACUGGCACAGCCUCCUCACGGCGCUGGAGGAGGACCCCGAGCGAAUCCCCAUCGUCAACAGAGGGCAGCUUAUUGAUGACGCGUUUAACCUGGCCAGGGCCAAACUGGUCAACGUGACGCUGGCACUGAAUGCCACGAGGUUUCUUCGUAACGAGACAGAGCUCAUCCCCUGGGAGUCGGCAGUCACCAACCUCAGAUACAUCAUCGCCAUGUUUGACCGCUCCGAGGUGUUUGGGCCCAUACAGGCGUACAGACGACAGCUGGUCACAAAUCUGUACUGCUUCUUCAAGAACUACACAGACAACGCAACAGUCCCAGAGGAUCACUCACAGCAGCACAACCAGAUCAACGCCAUAAGAGUGGCGUGUGGCAGCGGGCUCCCAGAAUGCCGGCUGAUGGCUACCAGGUUUUUCCGCUACUGGAUGCAGAAUGGUACCAACAUAAUCCAUCCCAACGUGCGGUCCAUCAUCUACUGCCAGGCCAUCAGCGCCGGCGGGGAGGAGGAGUGGGAGUUUGGCUGGAAGAUGUUUCAGAGCUCCAACAUCACAUCGGACAGAGAGCAGCUCCGAUACGCUCUCGCCUGCACCAAGAAGAUCUGGCUGCUCAACAGAUACCUGGAGUACACUUUGAACCCCGACAAGAUACGGAAGAUGGACGCUGUUUCUACCAUCAACACCAUAGCCGGCAAUGUGGCAGGGCAGGCGUUGGCCUGGAACUUUGUCCGAGCCCACUGGACCUACAUCAGCCAGGAGUACGGAGCAGGCAUGAUGCCCCUCGGCUCCCUGAUUGACGGGGUGACCCACAGGUUCUCCACAGACUUUGAACUCCUUGAGCUGAAGCGUUUCCAGAUGGACCAUGACGAGGAGGAGCUGGGCUCUGCCAACAGGGCCGUGGAACAGGCCAUCGAGCGAACCGCCGCCAACAUCCAGUGGGUCAAGGAGAACAAGCAGCCGCUGCUGGAGUGGUUCCAAAGAGAAUCCGCCGUGACAAAAAACACCAUCUCUUAUUGUUCCGAGGCCCCCGCAUGUUAAGAGAACCGACACUUUUAACAAGUGUGGGUCCCUGCCUUUAAAUUCCUCGGCAGGAGAAAAUAAGAUACUCCACCUCCAGCGAAUCCGCCUCGCCAAGCAUAAAUUUAUCAGGAAAAAUGGAUCAGAGACAUGAAGUUUCCUCUGAAAUGAGAGAAUUCCUCAUGUCUGAUCAAUCCAAGUCUGCACAGCGGAUCAGACGGGGCUGAUGGAUCACGAUUAGUGAGCCGUGAGUGCAGCAAAGUGAAGACAGAGCCUUGUUAAUGGAAACUGUGUGUGCACUUUUCCUGGGAAAACAAAGCAGUUCAUGUGGCUGGUGAUCUGAUGCACAUGAUGCUGAGCGGCUGAUCUGCCCGCCCUGCCCUGCACACACACCAGCAGCAGGACGCACCUCUCCACGGGUUUGUUUUGAAAGCCAAAGAGUGUGUCUGCGGCUUCGAUUUCAUAGCCACAAACAUUACACCCAUAAUUUCUUUUAAACGUUAUACACUUUAUUUCUGGACUCACAUUACUUUUGGUGCAACCACAGAUUCAGGCUCAAGUUAUUUUGGAAUUAUUUGAAGUCACUUUCCUCCUCGCAAAGCUCUUUUAGCUUUGUGAGUUUUAAUGUUUGAAGAAAACUAUGUUGUGUGAUAUUUACCCUAUAGAAACUAUAACUUAUUUUCUUUGUAAAAUCAAGCAAUAUUUGUUUCAGCAACACAUUACCAAAAUGUUUUACAAAAAAAAUGUUUGACUUCAGUGGCUGGUGAGUUGAUAAUGUCAGUAGUCGUUAAAAUUUCAUAGCAAGUAAAUACUAAGAGUUUAAAAGGCAGACUUUGCACCGCUUUAAGUCAAAGCUGUAGAACAAAACAUACUCUGAUUCAGACUGACUGCUAAACUCAGUGUUUGAUUUAACUAAUGAAAUCAUAAUGUGCCUUAUGGAGAUCAAAAUGCAUAUUGUAAUUCUUAUUUUUAAUAAUAAAACAUACACAAGGUGU